AUGGCAGGGCCAGAGAGGGAUGAUUAUGCAGCCUUACUCAAGGCUGUGUCGAUGGGUGAUUGGAACCGUACAAGAGAAUUCCUUGAGCUCCACCCCCAUGCAUUGACAGCAAGAAUGACUACAUUUCUGGGUGGGACAGUUCUUCACGCUGCUAUUGAUGCUGAACAGGAAAAUAUAGUGGAGGAGUUGGUGAAUAUGAUUUCAGAACAAGACUUGGAAACAAUUAAAGACGGUUUCGGGAAUACAGCUUUACAUCAAACAGCUUUAAAUAGUGGUAAUUACAGGGUGGCAGAGUGCCUGAUUAGAAAAAACGUGAGCUUCACCAGCAUUAGAAAUGAUAACAACGAACUUCCAGUUGCUUUGGCUAUGGGAUGGGGUCAAAAAGAAUUGGCUCGCUAUCUCUAUUCUUCAACUCCGUUGGAAGAGUUGGAGGCAGAAGAAGGCUGCAAUGGUGCUUCACUUCUUAACUACUCUAUCGAUACCAGAGAUUUAGAUAUGGCUUUGGAAUUCAUGAAGCGUUGUCCUAGUUUGGCUUUUGCCUUGGACGGACAAGAUGUCUCCCCUUUUGAGAAACUGGCUGUUGCGACUGAAGCAUUCGAGAGUGGAAAUUAUGAGAUGGAGGUGGAACGCAUUUGCCCUCUCUCUUGUAAGGAGCGUUUAAACAAAGAUGGGUUGACUCCUAAACAAUUGUUUACUGUGAAUCACCAAAAAUUGAAAGAAAAGGGAGAGAAAUGGAUGAAAGGUACAACAACUUCUUCUACAGUGGUCGGUGCUCUUGUUAUUACCAUUACGUUUGUAGCGGCAUUUACUAUUCCCGGUGGUAACAACCAAAAUACAGGCUUGCCAAUCCUUAUGGAUAACAAAUUGUUUAAGAUCUUUAUGGUAACUAAUACCAUGUCACUCUUUUCUUCCUCAACUUCAGUAUUGACAUUUUUGGGAAUUCUGACUGCACGUUAUGCGGAAGAAGACUUUCUUAAAUCCUUACCUAAAAGGAUGAUAAUAGGUCUUUUCACCCUCUUCUUCUCUAUUACAACUAUGAUGAUAGCCUUUUCUGCUGCUCUUUUACUUAUAUUGCAUGGACAAAUAUGGUUUGUUGCUCCUAUCAUUGGUUUGGCAGGUGUUCCCAUAAUCCUAUUUGCAUUGAUGCAGUCUCGGCUUCUUGUUGACAUGGUUGUUUCGACCUAUGGAUCAUGCAUCUUCAAUAGAAAAAUUAAGGCGUUGCUUUAA